AUGUGGCUGCUGCCAAGCCUCUGGCUCUGUUUUCAAUUAACUCUUGCUUUGAGUGGACAGAAUAUGCCUGAGGCACCAGGUUAUCCUGGUGCGCUGUCUUGUGGGCUACAAAAAGUUCAGUUCACAGUAAACUUUCUAAGCCAGGAGGCAACAAAUCCUCCUGUGUUAAUAGCUUACAAUGGAAGACUGCUGCACAGGCUCCACGAACCUGACCGUGGAACCCAGAUAAGGGAGGGCCCCAGCAUCUCCAUGAUGUUGGAGGUGUCCUACAGAAGCUGCUACAUUACAGAGUGGGACUCCCAUCUCGUGCUGGUUGGAGUUGAAGGAGUAGAUGCAGCUGGACACAGGAUGGUUCCAAAACUUAAGGUGCUCAAGCGUCCUAUGGACCUUCCAGGUAAGGAUGCUUCAGAUGCUGAUUUGUGUGACUCUGUUCCAAUGAGACUGUCAUAUGCCCCCUCACCCCUCACUCAAGGAGACAGUGAAGCACUAGGCUGAUACAGCUCUGAAGAAGUGGAGUCUUGUUGCUAUGGAAACACAGUGACUUCACACUGUGCUCGGGAUGCUCAGUUCUCCAGUGCCUUAGCCCUGCUGGUGAUUCUGCACUUGGUCUUUGGGAAUGACAGUUAAUGUAACCCUGUAAUGGCAACACCUGCUUUUGUCUUGCUCCAGCUUCCAUUUACUUCCUGUGGUACCACAAGAUGGAUGACUGAAGAGCAGGCCUUAUAUGAAAAUGAGCUAGUUUCAGCCAGAGAUGUAAGAACUUGGAGUGCUGGUUCCUCUGAUAGCAUCUUCAGGCUUUGGGUCAGCUGCAGAUAGUCUGUAAGCAGCAAUGCCCUCCCAGUCCAUGUCCGGGCUUUUACUCUCCAGCCACCCCUUCCCGUCAUCCAGCCUGGACCCCUCACUCUGGAACUUCAUAUUGUCAAAGAUAAAGACUAUAGUUCCUACUACAGUGCUGAUGACUACCCAGAGGUGAAGUUACUUUGAUAUCUUAUUUAUGUGGAAAUCUCCAUCCUUCACAGAACAGAGCCCUACCUAGGGCUGCUCUUAUUUUACUUUUGGGCCAUGCCCAGCACAAACCUCCAUCAUCAGCAACAGUGAUCCAUUAUGGUGAAGUGAUGCCCCUACAGUGGAGACAAUUAUCAGACCCAACUGAUCCCUGUCCAGGAAACCUUGGAGCUGCCAUUUCCUUCUCACUACAAGUGCUUCCAUAUUUUCACCUUUACUUUUGUGAACUCUGAGGCAAAGCAUGGGCUCAGGGUGUAUCCGCACUGCAGUGUGUUUGUCUGCCAACCUGCUGGGACAUUGUCCUCUAUGGCAACCUGUCGUGUUGGCAGCCAUAAAAGAAAUUCUAACAUUGAUUUUCAGAACAUUGCUGCUAGCACUUCUAGCAAGGGACCCAUGAUUCUUCUCCAAGCCACUAAAGACUCUCCAGAAAAGCUUCAUAAGUGUUCCAGCUCUCCUGUAGAAUCCCAAGCUCUGUGGGUGCCAGGUCUUUCCAGGGCCUUAAUCAUUGGAGCUUUAUUAGUGUCCUACUUUGCUAUCAGAAAAAAAUUAAAUUUUCAGAGUCAAUAUGUUAAGGAUGAAGACCCACCAGUCAUCAAACACCUAGAUACCCAAGAUAUGUUAAGGUUCUUUCGUUUGGACACCUUCCAGAGAAACAGCAUUUUAUUCUAG